UGACGUCACCAGACCACAAUGGCGUCGCACGGAGACGUUUCUUGCUCCCCUUCGGCUUCGGAAGCCAACGGCGAGAAGAAACCAACCUCAGUUUCGUUCGGUUUCGCCAAAACGUUGAGCAAAUUCAAACCUCCUACGGGCGACGCCGUGACGACGAAAGACGACAUCGAUUAUUUGACCGGAAUCACCAGGAAUGCAUUGGAGAGCACGAAACCCUCCGACGCACCAUCGGAACGCGUCAUCCCCCUGAUCCUGAAGAACCGCUGGCGUGUCCAGGACCAAGAGGAGCAGUUUCUCGGAAGUGCGGACAAAAGUCACAAAUCGCCACAACGCAAUGGCGACGCAAGUGGAGGCGAAAGUCCCGAUUCGAGUGGCAAGAGCGACUCCGUGGAGGCGCAGGCUGUCAAAGAACUUAUUGAAGAUUCCAGGAGGAAAAUGGAAGAGUUGCAGUCGGAGGCAAACCUCAACCUCACAAUCCCGCUGUUGGCGCAAAACAAGGUGCCCGAUGGCUUUGAGGACGGAGCCCGUUUAAAUGUGGAGCUGCGCCCGCAACCGUCCACAGAAGAUGAUUAUGAGAAAGUUCCGGUUGAAGGGUAUGGACUCGCGAUGCUGAAGGGGAUGGGCUGGAAGAAAGGGGAAGGCAUCGGUCGCACCUUUAAACAAGACGUGAAGGCAUAUGAAUACAAGCCGCGCGUAAUAGGCUUGGGUCUCGGAGCCGAUCGGUCGGCCAUAAAGGAUCUGGAACCGGCCAAGCGUCGGCGGCCGCCCAAGCCGGGCGAGGAGCGGAACAAGGAGGAAGAGGAGGAGCACCUGGUGUUGGGUCGUGGCGGGUGUGUGCUGUUGGAGUCGGGGGCACACAAAGAGCGCUACGGAAAGAUCGAAGCUCUGGACGCAGACAACGCUCGCGUUUUGGUGAAAUUGGCCAUCGGCGGCGAUGUGGUGUCAGUUCACCAGUAUGCCGUUAAACUGGUCGGGCAGAAGGAGUACGACAGAUACGGCAAAGACCUGAGUCGUCUCAGUAAAGCGCACAAAACGAAGGUAAAAGAAGAGAGAGAGCGUGACGAGCGACGCCAACGGGAAGAGAAAGAGAGGCGGCCCGCAGAUGACGUCAAACGCGAGCGAGACGGAGGAAAAGAUAACAGGAAAAGGAAACGCAGAGAAUCCAGUCACGACAGAGAGAAGCCACCAGAAAAAGAGGCGCCGCCUUCCUGGCUCCAGAGGGACUUGAAGGUCCGUUUCGUCGACAAAGCGUUCAAGGGGGGCAGGUACUACAACUCAAAGAUGCGCGUGGAGGAUGUCUUAACCCCGUCCACUUGCAUUUGUCGAACUGAAGAGGGAAGACUUAUAGAUGAUGUGAAGCAGGACAUGUUGGAAACGAUCGUGCCCAAAACCGAAUACGAGGCCAUCAUGGUUGUACUGGGUGAGCACCGGGGACAGGUGGGUCGGAUUCUGCAGCGGGACAAAAACAAGUGCAAAGCGACGGUCCAGCUUGACAGAUAUGAAAAGAAACUUUUUACUUUGGACUAUGACUUUAUUUGUCACUAUUUGGGGGCGACAGACCACUGCUGAACUUGGACGAAUAUUUAAAUGUCAUGUUGUAACAAAAAAAAAAAACCAUCUCUUUGUAAUGUUUGUAAUAAAAUUAUGAAUUUGCACAAACGA